AUGCUGGCUCUAAAAUUACAAGUGACCGGUAGCAUCGCCGAAAAAAAAGUGAAUAUUGGUUUGCAUGCGCGCAUGUUGCGCGAUUGGUGCCUUAUUGUUGAGUUCGUUUACGAGAACCGUCUAGUUUACAAAUGGAGCCACUUAUUUGUUGCAAAUAUUACUCGGCGUCGCUAUUUCGCUAACACGGGUGAAUUGAAACGAGCGCAUGGUUUAAUAGCGGACCUGUUUGUCAAUAGCACUCCUGAUUCGGACAAUGCUUCAUCGGCUCGAUCCGGUGCCGCACUAUUGUUUCCGCGGCCACUGAAACGUGACGAUGGUACUGUGAACACGCGAAAAGUGCAUAAUCUCUGGUACCAUCUGCUGCAUACCGGUAAUUGA